AUGGGUAAGCCAUCUGAGAAGAGCAUGUUUCCAAGUACCUGGUACCUUCUUUCCUACUUUGAAUUCAUAAUUGAACAGCUAUUGGCUGCCCUUCCAUCAGAUUCUGAUCUGGAAGACCUUGGUCCAUUUUCUGAGAGACUCACCCAGGCAUAUUCCUGGUAUUCCAUGGAGGACAGAGAAGACAACAUGGACAUUGUGUCUCCAAACACCAAUCUCCCUCCUUUGGCCUCGGAAUACCUGCUGUUCGCCCUCAGCAGUGGUCCUGUCAUUAUCUCUACCUUCACCUUCACCCAUACCAGUUUGUCCAGUUUUCCUGCCAUCCCCCCUAAGCCUCAGCCCCCACCCGGGUUCAAGGCCAUUCCCCAGAUAUCCACGGGUCCAGACAUGGUGAUCUGCGAUGAAGGUCACAUCCUGAAGAACGAGGCAUCAGCAGUGUCCAAAGCGAUGAACUCUAUCAGGACGAGGAGGAGGGUCGUGCUGACUGGAACACCUCUGCAAAACAACCUCAUUGAAUACCACUGCAUGGUCAACUUCAUCAAGGAAAACCUGCUUGGGUCAGUUAAGGAGUUCAGGAACCGCUUCAUUAACCCCAUCCAGAACGGUCAGUGUGCCGACUCCACGCUACACGAUGUCCGGAUCAUGAAAAAGAGGGCUCACAUCCUCUAUGAGAUGCUGGCUGGUUGUGUCCAGAGGAAGGAUUACACAGCGCUCACAAAGUUCCUGCCACCCAAACACGAAUAUGUGCUGUCUAUUAGAGUGACGCCGAUCCAGUGUAAACUCUACAGAUACUACCUGGAGCACUUCACAGGUGUGGGGAAUGCUAUGGAGGGGGGCCGUGGCCGUGCGGGGACCAAACUCUUCCAGGAUUUCCAGAUGCUCAGCAGAAUCUGGACCCAUCCCUGGUGCCUUCAGCUGGACUACAUCAGUAAAGAAAACAGGGGAUUCUUUGACGAGGACAGCAUGGACGAAUUUAUUGCUUCAGAAACCGAAGAAUCCUCGAUGAGCAUGACCUCUGAGGACGAGAAGGCAAAAAAGAAAAAGAAGCAAGGGAAGGGAAAAAAGAAGGGCUCUGAUGACUCCGACAGUGAUGAUGUGGAGGUCAUCAAGGAGUGGAACAGCAGCUCUCGGGGAAGGAACGGAGAGGGCAGAAACAGAGCAGAGCCUGUUGAGGAGCCUCGGCCCUCUGGCUCGUCACCUGGGAGUCCCUCUGCUGACUGGCACAAGGAGUUUGUCACUGAGGCGGAUGCUGAAAUUCUGGAGCACUCUGGAAAGAUAACACUCCUCUUUGAUAUCCUGCGAAUGGCAGAGGAAGUGGAAGAUAAAGUGUUGGUGUUCAGUCAGUCCCUCAUCUCUCUGGACCUCAUUGAGGAUUUCCUUGAACUGGCUUGCAGAGCUAAAGAUGAGGAUAAAGUGUCUCCAUACAAAGGUGAAGGCAAGUGGUUCAGGAACAUAGACUACUAUCGCCUGGAUGGUUCCACUAACGCCACUACCAGAAAGAAGUGGGCCGAAGAGUUUAAUGACACCAGUAACGUAAGAGGUCGUUUGUUCCUCAUCUCAACGCGAGCCGGCUCACUCGGCAUCAACCUGGUGGCAGCCAACAGGGUCAUCAUCUUCGAUGCCUCCUGGAACCCGUCCUACGACGUCCAGAGUAUCUUCAGAGUCUACCGCUUUGGCCAACUGAAGACCGUGUUUGUCUACAGGUUCCUUGCCCAGGGUACAAUGGAGGAGAAGAUCUAUGAGCGGCAGGUAACCAAGCAGUCCUUGUCAUUCCGGGUUGUGGACCAGCAGCAGAUCGAGAGGCACUUUACAAUGAACGAGCUGGCCGAGCUCUACACCUUUGAGCCAGACAUGCUGGAUGAUCCCUCAGAGAAGAAAAGCAAGAAGGCAACCCCCAUGCUCCCUAAGGAUCCCAUUCUGGCUGAGAUGCUGCAGAACAACAAGGACCAGAUUGUGUGUUACCAUGAGCACGACUCCCUGCUGGACCACAAGGAGGAGGAAGCCCUGAGCGAGGAGGACCGCAAGGCUGCUUGGGCUGAAUAUGAGGCAGAGAAGAAGGGUCUCUCCAUGAGGACCAACUACCAGUCACAAUACUCGCACAUGGACAUGGGCUCUUCCAGCUACUUCAACUACAACGUGGCGGCUUUGGCCUCCAUGACCAACCAGCAGCUGGAGGACCUGAUCAACCAGGGACGACAGAAAGUCAUCGAAGCAACAAAUGCAUUGAAGACCUUUUCACGGGAGUCAGUGGAGGACACCAUUGCUAGACUGUGGAAGGAGAACCCAGCGCUAACAGAGAGUCAGGUCCAGUCCAUGGCCCUGGGACGCCAGGCCACUGUCGAGCUGGAGAUCAAGCGCAGGGAAGCCAUUUACAGGGAUGUUCUCACCAGGCAGCAGACGCUGAUGAUGUUCGUGCAGAAGCUCAUCACCAACAGGAAGGUGCAGGAGCAACAGCUGGCCAUGGCUAACCAGGCAAGCUACCUGAACCAGCUGGCCCUGCAGAACGGCAUGAUGGGAGGCAGUGGGCUCAGUCAGAUGGACCUGCUGGGGCUCUACCAGCAGCUCCACGGCCUGGGCUCCCAUCAAGGCAUGGGCAAGAAUCCUGGGCCCUCCAAGGGCCUGUAGGUCAGAGGGACUCUUCCUCAGCCCCCACACCCCACCCCCCCCACCCACACAGCUAGCCAGCUCCCAGAGGCCCAGUCCAAGUGUGGCCCUGUAACUAACACAUUGUGAGACGCCUCAGCGCUCAAAGCAAACCGGAGCACCAAGCAGAGGGUGGAGUAGUUUUGAGACUAGGCCGCUGUCCGCUGGGGUCUCAAAUGGGAUAGACUCUCAGUCCUUUAUUCUGUAGUUCACUGAGAGGAGGUGGGAUAUAAUGUAUAAAUGACUGACUGUGUGAAAGAUCUGUUAGGAUGUUCAACAGGAAAAAAAAUGUAUAUACCGCCUUAAUGUUAUUCAAGUUCUAUAUCUUCAUUUUUCAUGUAUUUAAAGACAAACAACUUUUACCCCCAAUGCUUUUAAGCAUUGUUCUGUUUCCCCCUUAAGAGGGUUUCCUUAUAAUUUAAACUCAGUUUUUUUAUACUGUUUUAAAAGCCUAACUUAACUGAGUGGGACCAGUGUCGUUGGUGACAGGACUCCAUAAAUGUAAAGGGUUAGGGUUACAUGAUUAUUAGCACCAGUAGAUUCCUCCACCAAUAUCACCCACAGUUGUUGGUGCUGCAAAGUCCUGCUCUUCUUCGGAAAUAGAAGAAACUGAUGAGUUGACAAAAACAGAAAAAAAAAGCAUAAAAAUUUUGGCCUUAUUAUAUAUUUGUUUCCUAAAAAAGCUCUGUAAAGUUUUGAGAUUUGUUGAGAACCUUUUUCUAUUAUGCUUUUAAGUGUUUAUGUUAGUUGUCACUGAACAUGGUAAUGGAAUGCUUCUGUUGUUCAAAACUGCCUGCUGGUUCCUAAGACCUUUUCGUAACAUCACUCCCAUCGUCAUGUGUUGUCUAGCAUAGCACUGUGUGUCCUGUCCAUCGUUUAUGUUCCACUUGUGUUGAUCCCGAGCUCGGGUGACUGAUGGGGUCUCGCAAAGCGUAACCACUUCAGCCACGUAUCACAGGGCCCAAAACGUUUCCCGUUACUCGUCUGUCACAGUUUGAAAUGUGAUUUAUCAGGUUAGACUUGACAGGAAGAAGUACAGACUGGAAAUCUUCUUAUAUCUGGCUGAUGAGUGUUGUCUGCUUUGUGAGAAUCCAUCCUCCUGGAUACUGCAGUCUCAGCAGGCAGACACCAAGACUACCUGUACUCUACUUUGGCACAUUCUUGCUUCUAAAUGCUUAAACUGGUGUAGCUGUUAAACAUGAGGAAUACGAAGAAAACCCGUUUUUCUUGUCGGAUCCUGCGUUUGCACAAGGUGUAUUUCAUAAGUGUCGAGAAACUUUUUUGCCCUCCUCUAAGAAUGUUCUUAUGUUGGAAGAUACACCAAGUUGAUUUGCCAUGAAUCUGAUCUGCUAUUAUCUUGAUAAGUAUUUAAUAUAACAUUUAAUAAAGUGACCAAAAGGAUGAGCAA